AUGUCAUAUCAGUUUGUUUAUCAAGAUGGUCUUAAUAAAUUCAUUGAUGAAAAAGGGGAACCCACUUUAGAUGAAAAUGACAAAGCUGACGCACUACCAUUGGACUCUAUUAUUGAAUUUGAUUUUUAUCAAAAGGUGACUCAAGCCGAACUUGAAAUGGAAGUUGAUGAUGAAGAACAGGAUGAGGAACAGGAUGAAGAUAAGGAAGAAAACGAUGUUGAUAUGGUCGAUAUUACUGAGACAAAUAAAGCAAAAGGUGGAAACUCCAAUAACGCAAAUGGAAGAUCAAAUCGAAAAUACAAUGAUCUGGACAUCACUAGGGUUAUAAAUCUUUAUAAUGAAAAACCAUUUGUCGCAGCUACCGUUAUUGCCCGUGCUCCUACUGGAACAAUUGAUGAUGCUAGAGAAGAAUUGACCAAAUUAUUUGGGAACCUUGAAGUUGGAAAGACUAGAUUGAGAGAGUUCGUUAAAAAUGAUUGUGCGUUGUCGUUUAAACAAGUUCGUCAUGAUAGUAGUGCUCGAAACUCGGAAGAAAAAUUAGAGUUGAGAUGUCAAUUUGUAAAAGACGUGAUAAAUUUGAGAAUUAAUUAUUUGGAAUGCAUAUUUAUUGAUGAAGCGGGAUUUGACAUUUCAUUACAUAGAUCUAGAGGCUGGGCUAAAAAAGGGGAAACACCCGUUGCUGUUACACCUCAAUUAAAAUCUGAAAAUAGACUGGUUUUAGGAGCUGUCUGCGCAGAGGGAAUUAUCUUAUUAUCAUUACGUCCACCAGCAAGUCUGGAUAAGAAAAGAAAACUAGAUGAUGGUUCAGUUUCUAGAUCCAAAGGUACAACUACUGGUCAUUUUAAAACUUUUAUAGAUCAGGUUUGCAAAAUCUUAAAUACAAGGGACGACUUUAAAGGUAGAUACUUGGUCAUGGAUAAUGCUAGUAUUCACAAAAAUGCAAGCAUACAACGUAUAAUUGAGUCACAUGGUUUUAAAUGCUUGUACUUGUCACCAUUUUCACCAGAGUUAAAUCCAAUUGAACAGGUAUGGUCUAUGCUCAAAGGAAAAGUUAGAAGGCAUACUUUGGAAAAAGACACCUUAAGCAGCCGGAUCAAAGAAGCGGCGACACAAAUCAAACCAUAUCAAAUAAGAAAUUGUAUUCAGCAUUCAAUCAAUUGUUUCGAACAAUGUUUAAAUAAAAGACCUCUUUAG